AUGGCAAACAACAAGGAUGCCGAGCUCGAGACACCACUUCUCAUGCCGAAGGAGGAAGAAGGACCAACGGCCCCGUUGCUGGACCAACGAUCACCGGAGCCGACACCACGUCCACGGCUCCCGCCACCCAAGUUUGGGGAGCUCAUAACGGUGUUGAGCAUCGACGGCGGCGGGAUACACGGGCUCAUCCCGACGGUCGUCCUCAAAUGCCUCGAGGAAAAGCUCCAAGCGAUUGACGGGGAAGAUGCCCGGAUAGCGGACUACUUCGACGUGAUAGCAGGCAUGAGCGCGGGCGCCAUCAUCGCAACAAUGUUGGCGGCGCCAAACACGAACAAACGGACAAAGUACACUCCUCAGGAAAUCCAGGAUUUCUAUGUCAACAACGGACCUAAUAUCUUCCCUUCCAAGAGGUGGUGGCGGUGGCCGUUGGACCUGCUAAGCGCGUCGCGGGGGCCCAAGUACGAUGGCACGUUCCUGCAGAAAAACAAGAUCAAGGAAGUCAGCGGUGAGCACACCCUGAGCAAGCUCGCGGCGCCUACGUUCGACGCCAAUAAUAUUCUCGAGCCUCUCAUCUUCUCCUCGUUCCAGGAUGCCGUGCAAAAACCAGUUGAAGAGGCCGGAUCAAACCUGCCUGAUGUCUGCAUUGGCCCGCCGUCGACGGCCACGCCAACCUACUUCCCGGCGCACUACUUCGAUAUCUGGGUCAGUGACAUGGAGCCGUCGAAAUACCACCUCAUCGACGGCGGCAACAACCCCACAAUGGCUGCCAUAUCCAAGAUCACCAGGGAGCAGCUUCUCAGGAAUCCGGAGUUCCACCCCAGCGGCGUGGAUUAUAUGAAAUAUCUGGUUAUCUCUGUAGGCGCAGGGUGUGCAGUGCACGAAAAUGUGCCAGCCAAGCGGGGCGCCUUCAACUGGUUUAACAGCAGGCGCAAUAGCCACCGCCCGGUCACCGACACCUCCUCGCACGCCAGCGCCGUGUUGGCCGACUGGCAGGUUCGCAUGCUCUUACACAAUGGCAACCGCUUGCUGAAGCAGAACUACCUCUACAUCCAGGCUCCGGCACCGUUGUUCGGGGAGGCCAUUUUGCCAAUGGACAACGCGACAUCGAAGAACAUGGCGGACCUGCUUGACAUUGGCUACAAGUUGCUGGCCGAGAAGGUGGCUAUGGUGGACUUGACCACGGGGAAGUAUGAGACCGUCGAGGACGAGAAUGCACCCACCAAUGAUGCAGAGCUCCAGCGCUUCUCCGAGCUUCUAGUCGACGAGCGCAAUCUGCGCCUUAAGGAACACCAACGACAACGACAAGGAGAAGAACAGAACGGGGUUCAUUUGCUUAACAUUAUUGAAUAA